CCUCGGUUGGGGAACGGUGGCUCACAUGACCGCAGCGGUGCUGCCUCCCUGCGCUCGACCCGCCGUGCAGGUGCCGAGUCCAAAUCGGCACACCGGGACUCACGGCUCCGCGACGGGGAACAACGGCACACCGGAGGCGCUCGGAUAUUUCUACGUGAUCCGUUUAAAAAAGUGUGAGUGGGUCCGGCUGCCGUUCGCUUAGGUUGUCGCCGGUGUGCUCGCUGUGUAGGCCGGUAAUCCUGCUGGAGGACAGAGCGGUCAGAAUCUACGUUUUCCCACCUGCAGAGAAAGUAUAGCGGAGAAGUCCAAAUCAAGAGACGCAGGCCUCUGUUAUUUAUGUGCCUGUCAGCGUCUUCUUGGCAAGAUGAGUACGGACAGACCCAAACGAAAUAUCAUCAAAAAGAAAUAUGACAUCGGUGACGGGAUGCCUUGGUGUGAAGAACGUCUGGUCCGCAAAGUUCUUUUCCUCUCUCUCAGGGAAUUCAGAGACACGCACCGCGCCGUGCACACACACUCGCACAGACACACACGCGUGUCGGAAAACACACGCUUACAGCGAAAGACAAAGGAGCUGCCGAAAACGACGCGCGCAAGACAGAGUGCGCACGUGCCCCAGCAGAGGGCCGCACAAAGGCCCCCGAACCCGCACGCACAGAAAGCCACAUCCAACACGCACACUGCAAAACGCCUACAAGGCCAAGUGCAAAGAAACAACUCGUCUCAGGACUCGCACACGCCACAAAGGAAAUGCACUCACACACUACAGAACGUGCAAACGCAAUCAAAAACGAGUGCAAGGAAAAUGAAGCGCGCUGUCCAGCACGCACACCUACGGGAAAGUACACACGCCUUCCGGAAGAGUUCAGCAUCGACCAGGACGCUGCGCUCGCACAAAAAACCAAACGCACGAACGCUACCGAGCUCCAGACACCCAGAAGGCGCAAAACGAGCGCACGCGCCUCAGCAGAAGCACUCGGGGAAAAGCCCCGGUGCACCCGGGAACACGCGGACGCUGCUGAGCCCCCCCGUCACCGCCCGCGCGCUGCGGUCACAUGCUCCCACGAGCCUCAAAGGCUCCCGGGUGAACGGCCUCAGCCGGUGUCGCUCCGUCCUGUCGGCGAGCUGGAGCUGGUCUUUACCAGCGCGCCCUCAAGAGCGGCGCCAUGCUGGCAUCCAUCGCCUCAAGGACGACCCCGCCAGCAGAAGGUCAGCCGCUCCGCUGUGUGUGGAGAAAAGACCACGGGUGCAAGCGCAGAGGAAGUUUGCCCAGUCCCCUCCCAGCUCUCCAGGACCAGCUUUUUUGAGGACACCAACACGAAGCAACCACGUCCACAACCUGUCUGUGGUCACCUGUCUUACCCGACGCCAGCCCAAGACCGAGGACUUCCUGUCUUUCCUCUGUCUGAGAGAUUCAGCGGCGUUGCCUAGCAACAUGGCCUUCUUAGCGAGCGGACGAGCGAAGGAGCCAUCUGGCGCUCAGCAUCUCACCUCCUGUCUCUCCACCAAUCACAGGACUGCCGCUGAGGGGAAGACCAUGACCAGCAGAACCACAGCCCAGCGAGACUUUAAGUCUCUGCGAGGGAGGCCUGGAGGCUCUGCAGUGGUCGGCUCCUUCUGCCCUCCCACUGCCCGCACAAUAAGGAGGCGCGAGAGGGAGAGGAGAGAGGAGGAGGAGGAGGAGCAGCAGCAGCAGCAGAGGAGGAGAGAGGGGACGGAGGAGGACAAAAGAGAAGGAGCUGAAAGCCACUUGCUGAGGCCUCGCCACCUCUCCCUACAUGUCAGGAGGACCGACAAGGUUGCCAUGGUGACUGGACUCUGUGAAAAAACAACCUUCUGCAUCGGGUCACUUCCUACAUUACAGCCAAGCCCUGAAAUGGAGAGCAGACGCUGCCCAAGACCAUGCAAUAUGCAGGGCGACACCUGUACACCACAGACCCAGGACACCAACAACAAACACCUUGCCCGGCACAGCAGACACCAGCUGCCUCGCAAUCAGCACCACCCGCUCCACCAACGUGCCGUCUCCGACUACUAUAGCAACCCCAUGACCUUCGGCAGUCUCCAGAACGCAGGAAGACACUCGGAGAGGACUCUGACCAACGGCCCCGUUAAGAGGACGGCCAGUGAGAAGCCGGGGGUCCUGCGGUCGUCCAGGAGAAGGCGGGGUCUCCCACCGGACACCACCCUACUGAAUGGGGUUCUUCCGGGCGGCAGCUCGUCAAAGAAGCGCAGGACAGUGCCACUCAGCAAUGUCCCGUCGGAGAGCGAGAUCCCACAUAGGGAAGACGGCUGCGAUAAAGAUGUGAAUCACAUCGGUGGAACCCCCCGCCGCCACGAGGACGAACUGAAACGAGACUCACGUGGCCGUGUUGGAGAGACCGGAGCAGAGAGGGACCAACGGGGGGAAGUAAACAUAGAAGAGUUCACUUUGACCAGCGUCUCUGCUCAGGAGCCCUCUGAAGAAAGGGUCUACCUAGCAGACACCGGCACGCACUGUGACCUCAGCCAUGUCGGUGAGGAUCCGCGCAGACAUGCAAGAGACGAAAGGCUCCAGAGACAUCGGAGCCCUUCAUUCACAACCCCGACUGCUGACCCCAGGCUUGUUUCAAGAGCUGCUGCUGCUGCUGCUAGGACUACAAUGAUUAAAGCUGCUCUCAACUCUGUGACAACUGACCCCCCAGACAGUCUUUCUGCCAUGCACACUCCAAAAGGUACAAGCAAGAACGUUGCCAAGUGCGCUCCACCAGCCAGCAGGUACACUAUCCAUGAUUCCAAAGGUGCAGCGAAAGACUCUUCCAAAGGGCCCACCGAGGGCCCGACAGAGGACAGGGCCCCUGUCACUAGCUGUCCCAGCACUUCCAAGGGCCUCACCCAGACCAGGUCGACUACCUCAGCUAUUAAGACCAGGACCAGCCCCAGAACUCUUCUGAGGCGCUGACACACACUUGUGCUUCGCCUAAAAACCUUCCUGAAUUUACUAAAUCAAGAAUUGAUGUUAAAAACUACUAAUGAAGGGUUUUUAUUUUAUUUUGUAAAAGCAUGGGAUACAUCUGUUCAUGAUGAUGUUUGUUGGCUGGUCAGAUACCGACGCAGUGACUGUACUGUUUCGGACAUUUGUCAAUGAUGUGGGAUCGUUUUAAUGCUGCGUGGGUGAAAUAAAUAAUUUAAAGGUA